ACGUAAUUUAACAAUUGAAUUCUUAAACCCGGCAAGAAAACAAAACGGAGCUCCAUCUGAUAUCGGGUCUUCUGCACCAACAGCUUCUUUGGUGCCCGCACGCGGCGAAAGCUCUUGGAAAAGGAAAAUAUCCAGAGAGAGAAGCUUGGACUCAUGGUGAGGUAAUAAUGAUCAUAAAAGCCUUGUUCAGGAGAUAUGAAAGAUGGAAUCCAGUGCAUCCGACUUCUGGAGCCUUUUGGGGCAUGGGAAUUGGAUUUGGCUGUGGGGUCGGAUGGGGUCCUGGCUUUGGCCCUGAGGUGAUCGGUUAUGUUGGAGCUGGCUGUGGUUUUGGUUUUAGUGUUGGCAUCACUCUGGCUGGUUUUGGCAUCGGUCUUCCUGCCAAUUCUGUCCUGGAAGUUCCUUAUUCUGCUGUUAUGGCCACAAGAAGUAGUGCAUUGGAGAUAGCCAGAUCCAGUGGUUUACUCAACUUGAGAAAUGGUUCAGCACGUGGUUGGACUAACAUUGGUCCACACAUCUCCGGCAUACAACAGAAAGCGCUCGGAAGGUUUUCGAUCUCCAAGCUUGGAGAUUCGUUCAAUUUGUCUGAGAUGCCCAGGGUAUUGUCUACCCAUACUAGGUCUAUUCUGGAUCAUUUACAAGAAUUUGGCACUAACUUACUCCAUCCUCCCAAAGGCUUCAAAGAUUGAUGCCAUGGCCUAUCUUGGGAAUCAAAGAAGAUUGAUGCCAUGGGCAACUCUCUCUCUCUCUCUCUCUCUCUCUCUCUCUCUCUUGAUUGUAUUGUAUGGUAUGUAAGAGCAUCCGCAAUGGGAAUAAUCAAAAUCAAUAAUCAAAAUGUGUCACGUCAGCAUUUGAUUAUCCAUUUAGUUCAUAAUCAAACUUAACAAUCUUUACCUC